AUUUGACUGUUACACGUUUCUAUACUAAUUCAUAUUCUCUAUUAUAUUAUUCAAUGGGAGGGAGAAAACCAGGGAAAAUAUAGUACUCUUGCUUACCAUCUGAAAUAAAGUCAGGUCUUGCAUGAUGAACAGACCACCUGCCAUCUGAGCUCUGAAACAAACUCAAUUCUUGCAAAGAAAAAACAUAGCUUCCUGUCUACCUACCCACCCAGUUUUCAUAACACACUUCUGCUUUGCUUUCAAAUUUUCUCUAGAUUAAUUAAAGUCCAGGUCACUCUGAAGUUAUAUUUUCCGUCUUUCUUUGGUCCUUAGACUUGAUGGCGUCUUCCUCCUCAUCUUUCACUGUUUUUAAGAGAGAAACGCCCGCUGUAUGUAAGAAAAUAUAUGAUGCAUUCAUCAGCCACCGAGGCCCUGAUGCCAAAGCAACGGUUGCUUUUGCACUUUACGAAGCUCUGGAGGAAAAGGGAUAUUGGACAUUUCUUGAUGAACAAGAACUACAAUUCGGAGAUUCAAUUACCUCUGCCAUACAAGAUGCAAUAUACUCUUCUAAAGUGCAGAUCGCCAUCUUCUCGCCACGAUAUGCGGAGUCGUCUUGGUGUCUAGAUGAGCUGGUAGACAUGCUGAAAACCAAGGCUCUCUUCAUUCCUGUAUUUUACGAUGUGAAGCCUUCUGAGCUUCGCUACCUUGACAAGGGAUGUUAUGCAGCUGCAUUCGCUGAACAUAACAAAAAGAAGAGAUUCAGCAAGGACAAGAUUGACAAGUGGAAAGCAGCCCUCGAGUCUUCCGCAGAUAAAUCUGGCUACGAAUUCAGCACAUCUAAUGGUAAUGUCGAGAGGGUGUGUACAGAGAUUGCUUUAGCUGUGCAACAAGAGGCUGGAAAGACAUUUAAGGGAGUUGAAAAACAUCAGAAAAGUCUCUAUGCAGACGAGGCAGCGUUAACAAGUACAUCAGCAAUGGUGAAGAAAUCAAGUCUUCUGCCCAGAGAUUCACAUCCAGUGGGCAUCGAUACCAGAGUUAAAGACAUGGUAGGCUUGUUGAAAGACCCAAAAGAUCAAGUUAUAGCUGUGGUUGGUAUGGGCGGCUUGGGGAAAACAUUUCUUCUCCAAAAUGUCUACAAAGCUAUAAAAUCCAAGUAUGAACAUUCUAUUUGGCUGUCUAUUUCUAAAUCUUACUCUCUCAAGAAUUUGCAGCAUGAUAUAGCCUCCCAAAUAGGUUUAGAAAGUAAAAUUGUAGACGCUAAAGUAACUGAAGAGAGAGCGACUGAAUUGAUUCAUAACCAUCUCGAAGGGAAAAGAUCACUCAUUGUACUGGAUGAUCUAUGGACGCUGUCUGCUGAAAAUUCUUUGUUAGAUAAACUUGGUCUGCCGAUUGACAAAGAUUGUAAAGUUGUGGUUACUACAAGAAAUAGGCAGGUUGCUCUAAAUUCAGGUGCUCAGAUUUAUGAGAUGAAAAAUUUGUCGGACGAAGACAGUUGGAGGCUUUUUUGUAUCUACGCAUUUCCGCGUAGUGUGGGAAAUAGAGCGCCACCGCACCUGGAAGAGGAGGGUCAGAAGAUUGUAAAGCAAUGUGGAAAUUUACCUCUGGCUAUCAAAACGAUAGCAGCAUCUCUAGCCAAUACCACACUUCUCAGCAAAUGGAAGUUGAAGCGCCGUCAGCUGGAAAGAGUAGCUAUUCCCAUUGGUGACCUUGACCCUGUCAUGGAGAUUCUCAAAUUGAGUUAUGACUCUUUGCCUGCAUAUCUUAAACCGUGUUUUACAUAUCUUUCUUUCUUUCCUGAGGACGAGGAGAUAAUACCAGAGUAUUUGAUAAAUCUGUGGAUAGGAGAAGGAUUAGUCCCAGGAGGAGAGGAUCAGUUGGAUAUGGAUCAGUGGGAUCUGGCCUGGGAUUGGUUUGAUCAACUUGCCCAGCUGUGUUUGCUUCAAAUUUGUGAGGAAUAUUAUCACGAUACUAUGAUAACCAGAUACUGUAAAAUUCAUGAUCUGUUGCAUGAUUUGGCCAUACAAAUUGCAAAAGAAGAUAAAUGUGUUUUUUCUGUUGAAGAAGUCUCUAAACCUACAAGUGGUGCCACUGGCUGGGGUCGGAUUUUACUGGCUAAGAAAGGUCUGCAUGAUUUGGCCAUCUCAGAUACUAGCCGUCCUGUUUAUCUUCGGACACUCUCACUCUCUCGGAAUCGGGAGACUACAAGCAUUCAGGAUAAAUUGUUUAGCAGUAUGAGAGGACUGCGCGUUCUGGAUUUGAGCUGGACAAAGAUCUCUACAUUGCCCACGUCCCUUGGAAAGAUGGUUCUUCUUAGAGUCCUGAAUUUAACUGAAACGGAGAUUAACGAGGUACCGCAGUGUGUGAAACAUUUGAAAAGUCUCUUGUUUCUUGCUUUGCCUCGCUAUUGUAUGUCACUACCAGCGUGGAUAAGUGAACUAAGAUAUCUUCAGCAUUUACAUUGCACUUGCGUUCGACCCAUGCCAAAAGGAAUAUCAAAGCUGGCCUCUUUGAAAACACUGCGAACAUAUUUCUUUGACUUGUCCACAGAAGAGGACGAAUUCAUGAGGUUAGACGAUUUCGUCAAUAUGACUCAGCUUCAGGAAGUGCAGUUACUUGUUCGGCAUGAGAUGGAGUGUAAGAAGACGGAAGAAGGGAUCCUUGCGCAGCUGGUGGAGAUGCGUCAUCUGAAAAUCUUGAAUGAAGGAACAGAGUUUCUGCAAUUUUCGGAGAAAAUGAGGGCAAUGAAACAUCUGGAAAGACUUUCAUUAUGGAAGUUUAUUAUGCCAAGUUGGAUACACGAGUUGGCAAAUCUAAGGGUAUUAGAUUUAAAUAAUUUUGAAUGUAAUGAAUUUCCCGAAUUACAAGCAAUGCCCAAUCUAGUGGCGUUGAAAAUAGAGGGGAAUGAGAGUUGCAGAAAAUUGCCAAAGGCCUUUGGAAAGUCAGGAGGCUUUCCACAACUGCGUUUCUUGCAUCUUGCACAGCUCUAUUCAUUAAAGGAGUUACCCGAAUUAGAAGAUGGAGCGAUGCCAUGUCUUCAACAAUUGUAUAUAGUUGAAAUUUAUUUGAAGAAAGUGGAGGGAUUGGAGCGAUUGAAAAGACUCGAGCUGUUCGAUUACUGGUUGUCAAUACCGAAACAUGAAUCGUGGGAGACUUUAAAGGAAGGCGGGGAAUAUUGGAAAAAAAUCAAAGCCAUAAAUCCUCGUGUACAUAUUGAAAUUUAAGUUAUAUAAAUUUAGGAGGUAAACAAUUUAAUGAGAUGUUUUUUAAAAAGACAGAUCUUCUAAU